CUCUAACUUUUAUCGUGUUAUAAAAUAUUACAUAAAUAGGUACUUACUGGCUAUAGAUAAAUUGCUGAAAAUUACAUGUACUAUUUGACAUUAAGUUGUCAAUUAUCGGCAAAUAUUGCUCCUCAAAAUACUUUAGAUAUUGUUCUGUAAGUUCUGUUUACCAUAUAAUAACUUGAAAUCAACAUGGUUGCACAGGGGACUAUAAAAACUGCUUAUAAAAACGUGAGACCUUUGAUGUCAAGAGAUUUCUGCGAGGCUCGCCGAAAGGUUCUUGGCCUCUAUAGGGCAUUUUAUCGCUACAUUCCAUAUAUAGUUAAAUAUUACGAUAUUCCUAAGAGUGAGGAAGAUUGCCGCUGGAAGAUUAGGGAAUAUUUUUAUAAAAAUGCUUGGGUAGCAGACGUUCGCGUCACUGAUUUGCUGGUGAUUAAGGGUUAUAUGGAGUUGAAGGAAAUAACACAUCUAUGGCAACAGAAAGGACACGUCAUUGCUCAUUGGAAACCUACUGCCGAACCGAAACCCUAUGAUUUCCUCGGCAAGUUUUUUGCGGGCACUGACUAAUCAACAGGAAGGAACAAUAGAACCUACCAAAUAUUUAAUAACAAAAUUGUAAUGAAAGUUCAAUGAAUGAUACCAAACAUAGCUUUUCGUAUUUUGAUAUUGUUUUAGAUAUACGUUUAGAUCGGUUAAUUAUAAUUAUAAAAAAGUUA